CGUAUGUACGCUACAGGUAAAAUAGUCUUCAUCAGCCGCCAGAAUAAACUGGCUACGACCGACAGUACCACACAUGUCCACACAAAGACCUAGCUGUUGCCAGUAACCAUAAAACACAAAACCGGGAACUCCUAGUCGGGUACCCAAUUACAAGUAUCAAAUAGCUGGCGUUUGACUCAGUGCCAUCUGGGCAUCCGACAAGCAAGCGGUACGAAAGUUGGCAGGUUUGUCAACUUCGAUAAUAAAAAUCAUUUGUUAAAAAAUUGUAAACUCCUGCACGCACUUUCUUGGAUGUGUUAUAGUGCCACAUUGAUCUACAGUCUUCUUUUUCCCACCAUGCCCGACAUAAAAUGGGUGAAUUAUCAUCACGCAUAACAAAGUUCAUAACCGUUCGUGAGGUGUCGCUCUUGGUAUUGUGUUGUGUGGCCACCUACUUGUUCCGUAUUAGACGGAGUUUCGGCCUUUCUGCAGCAUGGCGCAUCGAAGCAAACCAGUCACGCUACGAGAAUGGGCAAUAUGCCCAGAUAUGGGAAAUUCUACCCUCUCCAGUCAUUGCAGAUGUUGAAAGCGAUGGUGUGAAUGAGCUCUUACUGGCCACAUCAGAGCCACAUCUACAGCUGCUUAAGAUCCCCAGUCAGUCACAGUCCUCAGGUGUGCUUCCAUAUAUGCAUCUUCAGAAAGAUGUUACCUUGGUAACAGGAGAUGCAGCACAGAGCAAUCGGCAACCCAAAGCGUUGGCGACUGGAUACCUUGAAAUUUACCAGUCUAUGUUGCAGAUUCGGAUGCAGGUCAUUGUAGUUGUCACAUCUGAUUGGACCGUUUUGUGUUUUGAUCAUGCUCUUAACCUAUUAUGGGAAACGAAGCUUAUGACACUUCAUGACAGUAAAUACUUCAUCAGAGAGAUUUCACUUGUUGUAGUCAGUCACAACAUCAAGCCAGAUGAUGGAGGACUUGUUAUUGUUGGAGCCAGUCUGCAGGACAGAUAUCACCAAGAUGCUAGCCUUCAGCAUGAUCACGGACCGAGAAAAAGCCAUGCCCAUAAAGAUGACGAAGAAUGGGCAGAAAAGCUAGAAGAUGAUGAAGAAGACAAGGAAACUGGACCUGUUGUCAACCAUUUUUCUACCUUUGCUCUUUCUGGGCGGAAUGGAACUGUGCGAUGGCAUCAUCUACCAGGGGAUUUUGAGGAACAAGAGAUUAAGAAGGAGGAUUUAUUUACAGCCCACCAUUUCAAACUUGCUCUUCGUAAGGGGUUGAGUCAUACAGGAGAGCAGCACUGGGGUCACUACACCCAAGUUAUUCUGAAAACCUUGCCCCAUCAUUGGCAAAGAGGAAGUGAUACGACUGUAACCAUAGCACGUGUCGCGAAGGAUACAGCACACAUUUCAGAGCAAGAUAAGCAAGAAAUUACGCCAACACUUGCUGCUUUGAUGGGGUUAGAUGGAGAUCAUAUGGCUGGCUAUCAUUUUGGUGGUUUAAGACCACACAGUGCCACAGAGCAUGUCAAGAAUCCCAAUGCCAUCGUUGUACAUAUGCAUGAGGGCAUUGAAGUGCUAGAUCUUGCAACAGGCAGACCAUUAACCAGGCUAAAACUCACAUAUCAGGAUGCAGUAACUUAUGCAGAUGUGGAUGGCAAUGGCAUAGUGGAUCAGGUACAAGCUCAUUUUACCGAAGAUGAGAACCACAGAGACAACUGUAUGGCUGUUGUUAAAUCUGGCAUACCACCGCAGUCAGUGCUAUUUAAUGGAUCAAUAUGUAUGGGGAAUUCAUUCAUGGAUUCAUUGUCAGCUUCAUUAUUUGGGAGGAAGACGCAAAUCAAGGAGAAUUUGAGACUAGCUGUUGCUCCAUUAACUGUUGAGAGUACUGCCAAGCUGUCUGGAGUUCUCAACCAUUUGUUGGGUGGCAAUUUGUUGAGAAAGACCCAGCAGGGUUUAGAUAGCAUCUUCUUGAUCAGCAAUGGCCGAGUUACAAGCUAUGGACCAAAGGGACACUUCAAUUGGAAGGUUGACACCAGAGCUAAAUGGAAUGAUGUCCUGACGGUGUUCAAAAGCAUACACUACUUUGAUGCAGCAGUGCUUGUUGGUUGGGAUUACCUGGUCAUUGUAUCACUCGAAGAUGGUCAUGUGAUCGCUGAUCAUUCCCUACCUUGCCAGCCAACAGCAUCAACAGUGAUUGGGGACUUCAAUUCAGAUGGUUACAAUGACAUCAUUAUACAGUGCUCCACAGGGCUGCUUGGUUUUCGUUUGGAGCUUUACAACGCCUACUGGUCAACAGCCCUGAUUGGUCUGUGCAUAAUGGUCAUUGUCCUGGGACUGACAGCUCUGUGCUCAUCCAAUUAUGACUUCUUUCAAGAUGAAGCUGAGCAUGCCCAGUACGUUGAUGACAACUAUCAAGCUAGGUGACUAACAAUGGAGGAUGCAGCCACAGCUGUUUGGCACCUCAUGUAUCGUCACUUCAACAGAUGCUGCUCUUUUUUCUGUGCAAUGAUGGUAGCACUUGCUGUGUAUGUUGCUGCAGUAGUAUAUUAUCUCAUGGUGAUGUAUGAUCGUAUGUUACCACAUUAAGUUGACAAGGGGUUUGAACGGAAACUAUAGGGAAGGCAUUUCAACUUCAUGAGUGGGCUUACGGAAGCACAAAACAUGUAAAGGGGACCAAUAAGUAGUACCAUCACAUUAGCAGAGUUUCCCAGGUGGUUUUCCAUUUGAGCCAUGGCUUUCGCACUCCACAACCUGUUCUUAAAAUAAUCAGAUAAGAGAUAAGUAUCAAGUUUUGAUUGAAAUAAUGGGAGACUUACAAAUGCCCGUAAGUGAGUUAUGUAAGGAAUUCCAAACUUAGAGACUUCAUGAUGAAUUGUCUUUUGAAAAGUGGUUGCUCUUGCAAACAAACAGUAAUAUUCUCUACACUGUCAGGUAAAAUAGUGGUGAAUAGUCUCAUGUCUACAAAACAUUUGUUUGAUAGAAUUUGGAGUGAACUAUUAACCACUUCCUGCUGGGUGGGGUUAGCAGCAUGCAUCACCUGCUGCCGGGUGCUUUUGUCAGUUUGUUCCCAUUUUCAAAAUUCUUCAAAAAUUCAUAUCUUCAUUUAAUGGACGUGUACACCCAAAUGAAUGACUGUCUUGUGGCGACUCUAGUCUGACAGGUAACCUCCAUUGACGCGUAAGUAUUGCAGCCACACCUGCCACCCAGUAAAGAGCCCCCAUUGUGUAGUGUCGCGUGAUUUUCGUCUUUGCUGUGCUGGAUGGCGGUGUUUGCUAUGCAGAGCGAUUGACGGUCAAUUAGCGUGUGGGCCGUGAGGGUGAACCAGGCCAUUCAUCAGCCACACCGGUGUAAUGCGUGCUGCACGGCGGUAUCGUCUGUACAAAUGCGGCCAGAUUCCAUGAGCGCGCAGCUGUAUUGCAUAGCUCAUGGCUGCAAUGCUGGAGCACUUUUGUCGCCUGCUGAUAAUCUACUUGCGCUGGCAGCGGCAAGCAAUGGCACUGUUUCAAAACAAUGAUGGAUUACCCGCGCCAAUGUCAGCACUCUGCGCUGACAGCCUAUGAACCUUCAUUGGCAAGUUCUAGCAGCUUAGUCUUUUGUUAAAGAAAGUUCCACCCUGUCCAUGAAACACCGCUCCGUGUCUCCGGUACCGGGCACUCCGGCGGCAAGUGGUUAAUGGAUGUCAUAAGUGUUGCUGCUUGAUUAAGACAGGGAUUGGUUCGAUUAGCAUUGAAAACAAUUUACAAAUUGCCUUCAGGGACAUCGUAGCUUCAUUGGUUAUCGCUAGUCAGGCCAGAAUGAUGCAGCAUAUCAGGGAACUUGACUGCCUUACAUACGAACAAGAAAACAGAUAUUGUUGACAAAUGUAAAUAGCAACUUUCACAUCCUUUGUAUGUGGAUUAAGGUGGGGAUGUUGCUCCACACACACGUUUCUUCCUGUCUUUCUGCCCAUGAAAUCUUGGUGCAGUUCCAGCUGUUGAUGCACAAAUAGUAAAAUCAAUGAUGUGACUGCCAUCGUCAAGGGAAAUGUCACUGUCUAAGUCAAAAAGAAAAAUAACCUUCCCCAUCACUGUUUCAACUUAUCACACUUUAAUCUGUAUUUCAAAUAGUUGUACAACUUUUUCACUUUCACAAUCCUUCGUAUUCAAUUUUGACUAAAAUGAGGUUAUAUUUACAUAAAAUUAUGAUAUGAAAGUGCGAUCAACUUCGCUAAUCAUCCAACCAGUGAAUUAAUUAUGGAGAGUAAGUACUCAAAUGUCAACUUUAUUUCAUAGAUUGAACAUGGAUAUCUCUACAGUUUGUCAUUGAGCCCAAUCUGAACAGAGACCAAAGGAUUUACCUCUAGGUACUUGUCUACUUCUAAAAUUGGAAACAAAAAUACUCCAAUUUUAAGUGUAAUUGACAUUAAGGGUGUUGAUUCUGUUUUGGAUUUCACAUCUUUGGCAAUUGUAGGCAUUGUUGUACAUGUAUUCUCAUCAUUGCUAUGUUCAUAAGGCCCCUUCAGCAGAUGUACAUGUACACACUAUAACCAGUCAGGUCCAGCAUAAUGCCCUCAUCUGAUUAACUAUUGCACUUGAUUGUGGCCUCCUUGGAUUGGUGGGAUAAGCCAGCUUGUCCUGUUGAUGUAGGCAGGCAAGUCUAAUUUGAGGAUAUGGGCAGUCUUCUCUAUUCCCUCAUUGUGAUUUCUUGUCGUGCAUCUUCAGAUUGUGUCAGCGAUUCUCCUUGAGGAGGUUGAUGACAACCUCAUCAAGGUUUGGACCAACUUUUUUUCCUUGCAUGACUGAUCACCAUCGGGGAGAUUUCUCAUGACUACCUGUUGGUUGUAUGGGCAGAUGCUUUCUGUCUAAUCUAUUUCUCCUUUAACAUCCCUUUUAAAUAACAACACUUUACACAGUUUUAUGGGUAAUGCUUGCCAGGAGUCCGAGCACCGCCAUGGAGUCUGACGUUUAUUCACUUGGUACAAAUUCAAUGUAUUGGCUUUCGUUUCUGAACAGAAAUACUUUGAAGCUACUUGUAUUUCGCCCACAGUCAUUGAAAUGAAUAUACAAUAGAUCAUAAGGUACAUGUAUAUUUUAAACACCAAUUUAUACAACAAAAUAAUUCUGUCAUUUAGGUUUUUCUUACAAAUCAUAUCAAAUACAAUUUUGUCUUCCUGCACCAUGCAGUACUGCUAGACGCGGGAUUAAAAACCAGAGAUAAAACUCUAUGAGAAAAAAAAGGACUCUGGAAAAUGUUAAGUCUGCUAGUACCGUUUUGCUACUGCAUUAUACUUAUAUUUAGUUUUAAGAAAGUUCUUGGAUGGUGGAAGUCACAAGCUAGAAUGCUGCACCCUCGUUCGACUAAAAAACCCUUCUGCUUCUCAUAUGCUAAUUACAUACCUCUGCCUUUCGUACCUGUUACACAACAUACGUACAUACGCCAACCGAUUGGACAUUUUUUGCCUGCUAUACACCUGUAACGCAGGCAAAUUAAAUUCCCCAGGAGCCCGUUUGGCAACAAAGGAAACACCUCUUUUGGCACCUUGCCUGGGUCAUGUAGCUGCUUUCUCAAGUCAUCCUACAUACAUAAGGCCUCCAUCAGAUCAGGAACUGCUACACACAAGGGUUGUGUGUGAUGAGUUGAAUUUGGUGGCAGAUCAGUGGAGUAAAUAUCAUUGAUGGUUGCACUUUUCAAAACUUCUGGUGAAAGAUCUGGCACAAGUUUGUUACCAACAAAGAGUCCCCCCCACAAAGCUGUACAAGUGGAAUGAAAAUGUCCAAAACCCAACACUGGAAUGUGGCCAUAUCAAACACCUGCUCUUUGUAGCUUCAUAUUUGGUGCCCUAAUUAAGACAGCGUGUUAAUUCUCAUAACAGUGUUAUGCUUUAUAUACAAUGGAAGGGGAAAGUUGGCCAUCAGAAGCACUGCUCAUUCAGUGUUCUUGUUUGUCUUAUUAUACAUGUAGUUGAUGAUUUUGCAAGGGGGGCUCUUCUCAUGAUGUCAUCCACCUUGUUGAAAUACUCGACAUGUUCUUUUGUUGCAUUUGCCCCAUGAUGUCUUGACAAUUUCUGCUGAACGAAAACUCAAAAUAUUUUUAUAAGUGCAAAGAACUGGAUGAAGCUUUCCCUAGACAUGCAGUUGUAGAUUCUGGGCUCAUAUCGACCCUGCUUAUCGGCGUUAGUUGAGACAAUAGUCUUGACAUCUUGUAACGUGAAAGGAUUCCCCCUUUGCAACCUCAGAAAGUGUGUGUACCAGGACAUGUUGUGAUCUUGAAGUACGUGCAGGGGUAUCCGUGUUUGUAUGUGAGUGUUUAUUUCACGGACUGUAGUUUUGCAGCGUGGAAUAUGUGAGAGGUUUUUUAUGUCCUCCAGUAUGCUGAAUGUCACUGUACUGAAGAUGAUAUUCAAUACAGGAGUUUGGCCAUUACCUACAGUGGCUUGUAGAACCUCAAAUUGAAAACUCCAAAAUUAUCAAAGCUAAAGAAGUGGAUUCAUGUACACGUGUUUGCAAAGUUGCAUGCACUAACAACUCACUGAAAGUGUUUCUGGAGAUUUCCUUUCUGUGCUGUCAAAACUGUUGAAAAGGAUGUUGACUCAGGUCCUGGUUUCUGGUUGUGUUUUUUUAAAUUAAUCACAUCUUUGAUAUAACGUGGCAGUUUGACCAUCCAAAACACCUGAGUAGGGGAAUCAUUUUAAGACUUCCAUUUUAUAGUAUUGUAAUGUCAUUAACUGCAUCCUAAUUAAGCUGGUUUAAAAGGGGCAGUGCUGGGUGGAGAGGCUACAUCGUCUGAGUAGUACCCCCCCACCGGCAAAGAAGAGAACGGUAGGUGGAGUAUUUUUCAAUACGGGCAUUUCACAGUAAUAGCUUGUCUCCAAGAGUUUACCAUGCGUUGGCCAAUCACAAUGCACAAAAUCUGUCAAUUCAUUGUGCACUUAGAAACGGUCGACAAAAUCCGUACAUUGUAAUUAGUCAACGCUGUGCAAACUCUUGGAGGCGCACUAUUGUGAAUCACCCGUAUUCGUUUACGUAAGUAGCCAGUGCACAUAUGAAGACCACACAGCUUGACCCACUCUAGGUUAGGUGUGCAUGAAUGUGUGUGCAGAUGCAGUCGGACUGUUGCCACCAAAGGAACACUUUUACGGUGUAAAAUCUCACCAUCUCUUGUCCCUGUACAGACUGGAUAGGUGCUAUUUAUAGUGCUUUCUGUCACCAAGAGGCAACCACAGAGAAAGCAUUUUUCCACGGCGUAUCUUGGAAUAGUUGACAGCUGUUUCAAUGUUUGUAGACAUGGCAAGAGCUAGUCAUUUUGCUCCAUGUUCCAAGAGAACUCUGGAGUUUUUUGUUUCUUUUUGUUUUUUUUUAAAUAAACAUUGAAAAGGCAAUGGCUGCUUAUUAUAGGUUCUCAUGGUCAAAAUAUAAAAGUUAUUAAAAAGAAUGCCAAUUUAUCUUGUAGCUGGUUUCAAGUUUAUUUCCUCAGGCAUUGAAACUGUUCGUUUAUUUUGCAGCCAGUUGUUUGCAGGGUUACACAAAACAUGGUUCCCCCAAUUUCUCCCAUACUUAACUCCAUUUUUCUUUGAAUUAUGCAAUCAUCACAAAUACUACUAAUGUACACAUUUGUGUGGGUAUUCUCCAUCCAGCUAAUCAAGUAUUGCAUUGAAACAAAACUGCAAAACAUGAUUAUCUUAAAGAGCAAGACGUCCCCUUACAUAUGAGGAUAUAGCAUGCACAAAAUUGUGAAUUGGCCCAUACACUUCAUGUUUUGCUUUCAUAUCCAUACAAUCUGUGUGGUAGGUUUGCAUUCAAAGUUCAAGCAAGAUGAAGGCAUUUGUGACCAGCUCUAGAAAAAUGGGUAAUAAGUCACCAGAUUCAGGUUAUGAGUUUUUGAUAUGGCUGGACUGUGUACAUCACAAGCUACAAUUUGAUAUAUGAAUGACCCCUGUAGUGCACUUCAUUCUGGAGAUAUGUGGACAUUUGUAUGUCCACAGUUUCAGAUUCAAUAAAAGCACUUUUUGAGAGAAAGUUCAGAAAGUGUAGCACUUGGAAACAAUGCUAUGUAGGAUUUCCUACUGAAUGAUCAAUCAUCUUUAUUCAUCAGUAUCCAUGAUUGUAGUCACAAAUUCUGAAAAUAUGAAUCUUAUAAAAGCUAUUAACGGAAAAAACACAAAAUCACGUUUUGAAGGAAUUUUGCCCUCUCCAAAUAAAACAGGCCAUAACAUGUUGUGGCAUUGCACGACUUAUUACUCUUUUUUGCAGAGUAGGUCACAUUUAUUCUUGUUUUACAUUUUCAAAAAAUGUUCUCAGCCUUUUUUUCGGAUUACUGCUAAAAGAUAAUUUCUUCCCAAACUAAAUUAAAACUGGAAAUCGUACAAGAUUAACCACAUUAAAUCCAUGGACAACAACAAUUUUACAAAUGUGGGUCUUGUGUUCUUGUUUUGUAAUCCCCAUUCCACUUCUCCAUUUUUUUCUGUAUUGCAAUCUGGGAUUCUUUCACCUGUGUAUCGAUUGUAUGUUUCAAUCCAGUCUUCUUCUAAACAUGCCUUUUUACCUGUUGCCUUCCAUUAUUCAUGCAAUAUUGUUCUUUUUCCUGCUACAUAUGACAGAAAUUAAGAAACACAGCAGAACCUUUGAGACCUGUUCUUGUGCCUUUAAAUUGAAAAUGUAGAGACAAGUUAAUGCUAAAUAACACAUGAAUAAUGUAGGUCUAAUUAUGAAUUCCUAUUGCAUUUCACAAAUGGUUUCUUCUUCUAAUAUGGUACUUACACCUCUGAAAGCUCUAGGGAAUUGGGAUGUCCCAAUGUGCAGUUUUAACAAUGAAUAUCUUUUGUUUAAAUUGCAUGAUUAUAAAAUGGAUGUUGAUCUGAUCUUGCUUUCAAAUUUGUGUAAAAAUGGAAGAUUUGUAAUUAAUUUGGAUGCCAAAUGCAUUACAAUGGCUGGGAAAAUCUGUCUUGAUGAGGCUCUCAGAAUGCUCCUACACACCUAAAUACGGAGGUUGAGAUUAAAAAGGGGCCUAUUUAAGGCAAAUGUGAAGGCACUGACUAUUCUGUAACAAACCGAUCACAUUGAUCUGGAUAUAAAUUACACAUAUUUUGGCCUAAAUUAUUCACAAAAAGUGCAAGGAUUUUCAGUGACUGUUUGGCUGUUUGCAUUGUUAACAUUUUUUUGAUAAAACCAGGAAAGAGUACAUGUAGAUUUAUUCCACCAUUUGUAAACAAAGCUGUUGCAGUGAGCCAGGUGCUGCAAAUAAAUACGCAACUAUUCUACUAGGAAAAUGAAACAUUAUCAUAAUACAUGCAAUUGGCAAAUAGGUUUUGGAGUAAAGGCUUACUUCGUGUAAUAUGCUCUGUUUUGCUUCACUUGUAUCUGUAAACCAGAUCAUGAUCAGAUGUACUGUGCUAAUAAAGGAAAUCAAGUUCAUCAGAUAAUUGAAGACCUGACUCCAAGUUGGAACUGUUGAUAGAAUUUUGUUGUUCAUUUAUACAUCAUAUACGCACAUGCUUGUUCCAUAGUUGUGGGGACGACAUAUGUUGAAACAGAGAUGUGGGGACCAAAAAGUACUGGGGAAAAAUUUCUGUCCCCAGAAUUCGUUACGGCCUGCGCACUGGUUUACACUUGCACCAAACUGCACCAAAUGCUUGUGACUUUCCUCAAACAACCCAAUAAUGUUUUUGUAAAAGAACCAGAUCCAAGUGACAAUGUAGGGUGAGAAUUGUGCUCAAGUCUGUGAGGCCGUCCUGUUUUCACACAUGUGGUACAUGCGUGUUACAUUUCUCUCAGGCCAGGGUGUUAUAACUUGUCAAAAUGGAUACACGCACUCAAGUUAGAACCUGUUCAUAAAUGUGAUGGCCCUGCAGGAAUGGAGUCUCCUCGGAUUUGUCUACACAUGGAUUCACACUGCUGGACACUGCUUCAGUCCCAGAAUCAUUUUCUUUCCAACUUCUCAGUAUCAGCUACCUGAACAAAUACCAUUGGCAAAACAAAGGAGUGGCUGGUGAUUGUGCAGGUGCUUAGUGUCCUUAAAAAAAGUAAAGCUUCUGUGUAAUCCUAAUUCAUGCUCAAUGCUUAUAGUUUGCAGUUGUCAGUCCCUGGCUUGUUGAUAUUGCUGUAAGUUUUCCCAUUUGUAUGAUCUGAACCCACAAGGUUUGUACCUGGUUUAUAAUAAAGCACCAAGUGGGCAUUUGGCAACAGUA